CCCUGCUACCUGCUGACUGUAAGGAUCAUCCGGAUGAGAAAUCUCCAGCGAGUGGACACCUUAACCCAGGCUGAUUGCUACGUGUCGUUGUGGCUGCCGACUGCGACAUGUGAAAAGUCCCGCACUAAAACUGUGAGAAACUCCAACAAUCCGGUGUGGAACGAAACCUUCUAUUUCAGGAUCCAGAGUCAGGUCAAGAACGUGCUGGAGCUGACAGUGUAUGAUGAAGAUUUUGCUACUCCAGAUGACCAUCUUCUCUGUGCACUCUUUGAUACUGCUAAACUUCCAAUUGACAGGACAGUGAUCCUGUAUUUUAAGCCCAGCCCAAAGGCCAAGGAGGAGCUAGAGGUUGAAUUCAAAUUGGAGGCUGCUUCUGGUCCUUAUGAAGCCAUUGCUACCAAUGGAGUCCUGGUGUGUCGUGAACUUUGCUGCUUGGAAGUUGAAGUGGCAGAGAAGAUGCAGCAAAAAUCAAAGAAAGAGCUUUCCCUCACCGUGAAAGGCUCCUUUGAGGGGACACAGGAUAUCACGCUGGGCCCCAACGGAGUGGCCAGCCCAUCGGGUCCCACCAAGUUCCACUAUAUCAAGUACACAGAGCCAACACUGGACGUCAUGUUGCCAAAGAAGAGGCACUACCACCCUUGGACCUGUAAGUACAGCACAGAGACAGGCUCCCCAGUCGUGAUGCUGAAUUCGCUGCCCAUGGGAAGGAAAACGACGAUUGCAGAGAGAACUUUAAAAGCACUUUGUUUGUAUCUUGAUUUACAAUGGAAACUGGCUUUUGCAGCUCCACCUAACUCAAUUCCUCUUGCGUGUCUUCAUUUACAAAUACAUAAUUGUUCAUGCAACCAAGACCUGGACAUGCGCUUUGGGUUUGACCUGUGUUCAGAGGAGACGGCUUUCCUGGUGAAAAGGAAGAGAUAUGUAGCAAGUGCCCUGAAAAAUGUUUUUCACCUACAACAGGAUCUGCACGAUCGUGAAGUCCCUGUUGUGGCUAUCAUCACGACAGGUGGAGGACUGAAGUCAAUGACAGGACUAUAUGGCAGCCUCAUGGGACUCAAGAAAUUAAAUCUUCUGGACUGUGUAACAUACAUCAGCGGGCUCUCCGGCACCACAUGGACCAUGGCCAACUUAUACAGAGAUGCCUACUGGUCGCAGAAGGACCUAGAGUCGCAUAUUGGUGAAGCCCAGAAACAAGCAACCAAAUGCAAGAUGGGCUGUUUCUCUAUGGAUCGCAUGAAGUACUACAACAAGCAGCUUUGUCAGCGGAAAGAAGAGGGAUACAGGACAUCAUUUAUAGAUCUUUGGGGGCUCAUGAUUGAGUACUUACUAAAUGAUGGGAAAGACCCCCAGAAACUUUCGGAGCAGAGAGAAGCACUGUGUGACGGCCAGAACCCACUGCCCAUCUAUGUGUCGGUCAGCGUCCGGGAUGGCUACAGCACUAAUGAUUUCAAAGAGUGGGUGGAGUUCACCCCCUACGAGGUGGGACUUCUGAAAUACGGCGUGUUCGUUCGCACAGAACAUUUUGGAAGUGAGUUCUUCAUGGGACGCUUGUUAAAAAAGCUCCCCGAAUCCCGGAUCUGCUACCUUCAAGGUAUGUGGAGCAGUAUAUUUUCUGUGAAUCUAUUACAAAUAUGGGGACUGUCCCACAGUUCAGAAGACUUCUGGAAGAGAUGGACACAAGACAGAAUAGAAGAAGUUGAUGAAGACCCGGUGUUGCCUACAAGACCCCACGAACUGAGGACUCGCAUGUACACUCCUCCUGGCCACCUCUCCAGCACCCUUCGGGGAGCACUGACCGACCGCUUCUCCGUUGCCCAGCACCACAAUUUCCUGAAGGGCUACCAGCUGCAUAACAACUACCUGGAGAACGAGCACUUCCAUCGAUGGAAAGACACUGUAUUAGACUCAUGUCCCAACCAGCUGAUGCAAAAUCCCGAUCACCUGGGCAUGAUAGAUGCUGGAUUUUUCAUCAAUACCAGCAGUCCACCACUUUUAAGGCCACAGAGGGAAGUGGAUGUCAUCAUAUAUUUAAGUUAUACUACUGGCUCACAUACAUCGACUCUAGAUAAGGCGUACAAAUACUACACAGAGCAGAAAAUCCCAUUCCCCAAAAUUUCCUUGACUGAUGAAGAUAAGAAAAAUCUGAAGGAGUGCUACCUCUUCGAAGAUUCAGAUUUGCCAGGAUGUCCGAUCGUGAUUUUUCUUCCCCUUGUGAAUGAUACCUUCCGAGAGUACAAAGCACCUGGUGUCAAGCGCUGUUGCUCAGAGAUGGAAGAAGGACAACUUGAUUUGACCAGUCGCUUUUCCCCCUACUGCAUGUUCUCGGUCAGGUAUACUGAUGAGAAUUACCGCCGGUUGCUCAACCUCAGUGAAUACAACAUCCUGAACAACUCACAGAUGAUUAUGCAGGCCCUAGAGAUAGCAAUGCAAAGGAGAAGGCAAAACAUGUGCUAA